AUGGCUUCGGAAACAUCAUCAUACGCUUCAUCAUGCCCGCAAUCAAGUGAGCCACCAAAGGAAUUGCUCGAACUGUUGAGUGUUUUGAAUAAACAACAGUUACAACAGCAGCAGCAGCUCCCGCAACAGCAGCAUGGCCACAAUUCAAAUAUGAAUGUGGAGGACGAUGCAGAAGACCUCGGACAGAAACAGAAGCACGAACCAUCUAUGCCUUCUAGCCAACAAAAUACUCGCAUGGAUCUGAGCCAAAUUGAGUUGAUCUAUCGUGCUGAGGGUAAUGCAAAUUUGGUGCUUGCAUUACCGCAAUUUAAAAAAGUUUUACGUUUGCCAAAAAUUCAACAAAAACAGCAAUCCAAAAAGCAACAACAACAAAACGAAAUAUCUCUGCAGGAAUUGCAACAAAUGAAUGAAUGGAAGCAACAACCACAACAUCAAGAUACCCAAUAUGGCCAAAAAUGUCCUGGACCAAACAAACACCAACAACAACAGCUGGAGCAACAACAACAACAGCAGGAGCAUUGGGAUAAUCAGAAAGAAGAGCAGCAACAACAACAACAUGAGCAGUCGGAAUUGCAUCAGCAGGAGCCAACAAAUAUGACUUUAACAACAACCGGCCAACAGCUACUACAACUGCCUCAGAGCUCAAACGCUGUUGGAAUCUUGACAAUGGACCAUUAUGUGGCUUAUAUUGGUAUCAUACGUUGCCUACUGGGAAAUGAGUUUGUAUUCGAAGCGGAUAUUGUUGCAGUGCCAAAUCCCAAUGACAGAGAUUGGAUAAAUGAGCACAUUAGGCCGUACCGGCCAGUUAAUCGUUUGGAUAAAGAAUUUGGUGGCCAUUACGGUUUGUUACUGCCAGAUGCUACCCGUUUGCCAGCAGAGUUCGAUAGUUUAUUUUCCAAUUCACAGCAAACAAAAUCAAAACAACAAUGUUGUUGUAGUCCUGCUGAUGACCAGGAUGCCAUCGCUGGUGCCAGCAACAAUAUUUUCCUGGAAGAUACAUUCGCCAUUGAAAUAAAACCGAAACAAGGCUGGCUCUUACCCAACGAUGUUAACAAUUUAUUUGAUAUAAAGCCAACAACAGGAGUAGCUGUGCAACAGCCAACAACAGUAGCAACAGAAACAACUGCAUAUAGUUUAGUGGAUGUGGAACCUGUCACCUACACCUACACCUCCACCACAUCCACAUCCAAAGGCACAUUGCAAACAUCAGCUGACAAAGAAUGCUUUACGGCCACUCAAAAUAAGUCAUCCAUAACAAAAACUACAACAUCUCCUCAACAACAACAAAAAUCAUUGUCAGCCAUACACGAAGAAGAAGCGCCAGCAUCAGGAACGACAGUGGGAGUCUUACAUGACGAGGUGGACAUCAGGUGUCGCUAUUGCAGCAUGCAGUUUUUAAAGUUGCAGCAGCAAAAAAUUCUCCAGCGCAGCAAUUACUGUCCCAUCGAUUUGUUCUCUGGUGUGCCAGCUCGAAUGUGGAAUGCUUUGCAUGCACUUUUCACAUGUCCUCAGAAUAAUUUACGUAUCUUCAAGAAUGGCAUCGUUGUGUUCGAUGACCAACUUAGCCGCUUGUCCAAAAUUGAAGAUUUAUUUCCGAGCAAUCAACUUCAUAUUCUUAAAGAAUUGCUGGUGACAUGUCUACUUAAAGACUACAACCCCAAUGGACCAAAUAUUGCAGCCAAUGCAAAUCCGGACAUUGAUGACAACAUUGACGACGUCAUGGCAACUAAGUCACGAGAUGUGCAAAUUACUGCCAAGGGAUUGGCACAUGACAAUGCCGAUCCACAGAGCAGCCCUACAACGCCUGGUAAAAAACUAAAAACAAUAAAAGCGGAAACACAACCGGAAUCGGAUGUAACAAAAGUUAACACAACUUUCACUACAGCUAACACCACCAUCACCACUACCAGCAGCAGUAGCAGCAUCAUCAGUGCCGCCACUAAGCCAAAUAGUAAAAUGGCAGGAACCAUUACUUCAUCCACUGGCACUACCACUACAUCGCAGCAAUCCAGUGAUACCAAGAACUCGUCUUUAGCUGGGUUUAGUGAUUCCCCCAGCCAUUGUCCCACAUCCGUUGGCAGAAGUGAUGUCUCUGUUGAGCCAAAGAACAAACCGGAAAUGUUGAGCUUACCGAAAAAUUGUGUUUUGCAAAAAAUUCUAAAUUUACAGUUGCUGGCCAAGCAAAAUUUCGUCCAUAUGCUUAAGGAGAACUAUCACAAGAAAAAAGGCAAAUCCUAUGACAUUUUAUCAACUCUGCUCAAGAAAUUUCAAUACCAAAAACAGAAAUUGGGAAUUUCUCAAUUGAGUGCCGAAGAACAAUACCAGUUGGCUGCCACUGUCUUGGAUUGUUCCAUAAUGAUAACAUUUCGUCAAGUGUCAACAAAAAAUAUGCCUGACAAUGGGAGCUUAAACGCCAAUCCCCGUAUGAUCUGCAUAAAUGGGCAACACUUUAUGACGAAAAUCACUUUAUUGGAUUUGGAUCCUAAGCCAGAUACACAUUUUGCCAAAUAUGUUAAACAAACCCAAGAAAUUAUGCAGUCCAUUCACAUGCUGCUGGAGCAAUAA